AUGGUCGCUCAUUCCUCAGAAGGGUUAUCCGCCACGGCUCCGGUCACCGGCGGAGAUGUUCUGGUUGAUGCUCGUGUGUCUCUUGAAGAGAAACCACCACGAUUGGAUUCUACACAGCAAAGUACUGAAGAAGAACGCGUACAAUUGCCAACUGUAGAUGCCUUCCGUCGUGCCAUUCCACCUCAUUGCUUCGAAAGAGAUCUCGUCAAAUCAAUCAGAUAUCUGGUGCAAGACUUUGCGGCACUCGCUUUUCUCUACUUUGCUCUUCCUGUCUUCGAGUACUUUGGACUUUUUGGAUACUUAGCAUGGAAUGUUUUGAUGGGAGUUUUCGGAUUCGCUCUGUUUGUUGUUGGACAUGACUGUCUCCAUGGAUCAUUCUCAGAUAACCAAACUCUUAAUGACAUCAUUGGUCACAUCGCUUUCUCUCCACUCUUCUCCCCUUAUUUCCCAUGGCAAAAAAGUCAUAAGCUUCACCAUGCUUUCACCAAUCACAUCGACAAAGACCAUGGCCACGUCUGGGUUCAGGACAAAGAUUACGAGAAGAUGCCACUGUGGAAGAAACUUUUCAACCCAAUGCCAUUCUCAGGAUGGGUGAAAUGGUUCCCAGUGUAUACAGUGUUCGGAUACUGUGAUGGAUCCCACUUCUGGCCAUAUUCUGCUCUCUUCGUUCGUGACUCUGAACGUGUUCAAUGCGUUAUUUCCGCCGUUUGCUGUGUGGCAUGCGCAUCCAUUGCUCUCGCUAUUGCUGGAUCUUAUUCAAACUGGUUCUGGUACUACUGGGUUCCACUUUCCUUCUUCGGAUGUAUGCUUGUCAUCGUCACCUAUCUUCAACACGCUGAUGAAGUUGCCGAGGUUUACGAGGCUGACGAAUGGAGUUUCGUGCGUGGACAAACUCAAACUAUUGAUCGUUUCUACGGAUUUGGAUUAGAUGAAACUAUGCAUCACAUUACCGACGGUCACGUAGCUCACCAUUUCUUCAACAAGAUUCCACACUACCAUUUGAUUGAAGCAACCGAUGGUAUCAAGAAGGUUCUUGAGCCUUACUUUGAAACCCAAUACGGAUACAAAUACCAAGUUAACUACGAUUUCUUCGUUCGUUUUCUUUGGUACAACAUCAAACUCGACUAUCUCGUUCACAAGACCAAAGGAAUUCUUCAGUUCAGAACAACCCUCGAAGAGAAGGCAAAAGCCAAGUGA